UUCAUAUUACGAAGAUUCCAAGUCGGACCUGUGAACGCAGGUCGCUAGAGCUCCUGCGGAAGUUCCUGUUUAUUAUGCAUUAUCGCAAUGCAUCAUGCUCCAACACCUACUUUCAAGCAGAUCACCCGGAGAAUGCAAAGAUUCGUCAGUGGAUUGAGUCCUUCAUGAAGACGAGGGGUAUUCAAUCCGCUGUCGAGUGUUGGCUACACUUCCUCAGAUACUACUUGGAUUCAUCUCAUUCAGACAUCAUGCGAGAUGCUGCAACACUCGUGGAGAAGUACGGCGACGAAGGUCUUCAAAAAAUGAUGACUGAAUCACAUAUCCCACCUGACCUCGAACACUUCGAAGCUUACACUUACCACACUCAUGCGGAAAACUACUUCUUCAGUAUCUGGGAAGCCACGGAAGGGGAAGAAUUCAUCCUCACACACAACGCAUUUGGUUUGUGGGAAGGUUUGGCAGGUGGCUGCCCUGGCCUGCACCGCAUAUUCGUAGUCAGCCCUCGCAUUGCUCUCGUCCUGCGUAAUGUGAUAUUGCGUCCAGAGAUGAAAGCAUACAUAAAGCCUGGUGCAUUCGUGAGCUCCUUGCUCCACGUGAAUCCAGCACCACCAACCCCAAUUUACGCCAGUGGAGAACGCGGUAAACACAUCGACCAAGUAAAUUUCGAAUCUGCGAUGUCACUUGCACGUUAUAGAUCCUCCCAGGAUGGGGCGAACGACAGUUUUGUGUUCAAGAUCACAAAAAUGUCGCGACCCCAGACAUUGGAGUUCAAUUCCGUUCUAUUGGUCAACGUGAGGAAAACAGGCUCUUUGACCUUCCUGUCAAGGGGGAUUAUGCUCCAUACCGCGCGUGCGUUCCGGAGUUUACCAGCCAACUUCUUUGCGAGCGAGCUGCUCGUUCCGCUCAUUGCACAAUUGACGGACACUACGGAGAUAGAAGUGUCGGUUCUUCGCCAGUCUCCAGCAGCUGUCCUUGAGCAGAAUUUUGACGCACUCACACUCGUUGAUGUAGUGCUCUAUGUGCUUCUAAUGCAGAUAUGCACGGGUACCAGGCAGUUCGAAACAGCAUACGACAGGGCACAUCUAGUCUUUAGAAUCAUGGAGAAGGCAAAACCCACUUCAUUCGCAGACGAAAUCAGCCGAGAAGUCGAGAAGGCUUUCAAGGUCUGCAAAGAUUCGGAGGAUGAGAUGUCUGUCGGAGAGGGCGUCAGUUUCUCUCCCUUACUCUCCUCGAUUUCCAACGAGUGGUCUUCUCAACUCUUCCAAUUCAUGAUACCUUGCAUGAGCAGACUGGGCGCAGUGAUGUCUGGAGGUGAAGGGAUUUUGGAAGAGCUCCAAGAUGAAGUCACCGUAGUUAGCCCAGCAGUGUGGCAUGCGCUCUCGUGUACCAGCCCACAGGCCCCCGAGAUCUUGUCAAGGCUAUUCAAGAAAGGCACCCCAAGAGACGGAACUGUUGUGAGGUUCACGCGGUUCAUGUAUGAAAACGCUUCACCAUCAGGUUUCUCUUCUGGAGUAUGUGGCAUGUCUGGACCAACCACCAAUCCCAUCAGUCAGAGCUAUUACAAGUUAACGGCAUGUAUGAUCCAAUGGCUUGGUCGCAUAAUGCUGGGAUCCCUGCCAGAACCGCCCAAGGCCCGGCUCAUUCACAAGAUUCCAGAAGAGCAUUCAAAGUUGCUUUUCUCGAAUAUGAAGAUGAUACUACGGACAUUGCUCCCGGGAUAUGAGCCGUCGCCGGGGGGGAGUACUCUAGGCCAAACCCUCAGUAAGUGGGUAGAGGAGAUGGCCAUCCACAGGAGAAACUUUUUGGACUUCGUUUUAGAUGGGUUUCCGCAAAAUGAAGAGGCCACUGGAAGUACCUAAAUCGGCUUGUUCGAAUUUAUCUUCUAUGUAACAUGUUCAAGAUCACUUACCGAGACGUGCAUCAGUUGUACAUAUUUUUUUGAAUAAAAUGAGGACUCAUUGAGAUACCGA